GAACUCGCGCGAGCGUGCACCAGCUUCGUAUCGAGAAGCUGUCGUCUACUCGCCUCGACUAUACACCAAACGGUGAGACUCGGAGAGAAAGAGAGAGAGAGAGAGAGAGAGCUGGAAGGAAACUGUUCAACUAUUUAGCAGAGGGGUGUUGGAGUGUGAAACCGCCCCAGCCCGGAAGUGUGUUCGAAACGCGCACGCUGCUCUGGAGCGAACGACGUGGUGGUCUCAUCGAAAGAGCAUCGAAGAAGAUUGACCAGAGUUAGUCUUGACUGAAAGGUCUUGACAAUAUUUUGUCUUAAGUCUUGACAAUAUUCGAGACUGACUUCUGUUAUUUAUGAACGCUAUAACUGGCCGCAAAUAUUACUGCAAAUUUCGAUGAAAUAUUUCCACUAACAGGGCAAAUAAGACGAACUUGACGAACGUUGAAAAAAAAAUAUUUGAGAAGCUUUUAAUACCGAAGAUUCACUGGGACUAGUCUUAACUGACAGCGCAAUAUUUGAGACUAACGCCGAACGAAGGAGACUUUGAAAAAAAAAAAGUGUAAUAUUGUAAAUGAAACAGCAAAAUAUCCUACAAAUUAUGCUUGGCACUAAUUGUGAGAAUUUCGAGGGCUUUAAUCGAAAAGCUGGUGCAUUUCUAAAAGAAACUGAUUGAACUGGAUAUAAACUUUACCAAUCGACUGUUAACUGAGAGAACGAUACAUAUUAAAAAAGAAGAAAAAGAAAUGAUCAAUCAAGUAAAAAAUUGCUUCGAAGAGAUAUCGAAUCUGUGAAAUAUUUACUUCAAUUGGAAAAUUUAAUGGAACAAAAAUAUUGAAUUUAAUAUAAUCCUUCGUACAGUGUUUAUAUAUAUAUAUAUACCAGUGUCAAUCUCUCUAUCAGUGUUCAGGAACUGUGAAUGUUAAAACUGUUGAGAGAAGCAUCGUAGAAUUAAAUCGCUUGGCCGCUUUGAAGAAACCUCUUACGCUCGAGCAAAUGAACUUUUGCGUUUCCAGAGGAUAAGAAGGUGUGAAUGUCGUAAUGGUGCAACGCAGAAUCAGAGAAAACCGAGUGAAUUUCCAGAGUCCGGUACAUAGUGUUUCAGUAGAUGCUGCCUAGUGUUGUAGAAUGCUGCGAAUGAUGCUCUAGAUCUUCAAAGGCGUCCACGCUUUUUAAGCAUCAGGCGAAGAAUAAGGAAUGACGAGGCGAGUCUUAAAGAGCUGAUUUUGGAUCGUAAUGGGAUCAAAGAGCUACCACACGAGCUCGUGCAGCUGAAUAACUUGAGAAACAUUUCCCUGGCUGGAAAUUGCCUCAGCAGCUUGCAGCCUUUCUUCAACAUGCGAGCCCUCGCGCUAACGGACGUUUUGACGAAAACAGACCACAGCAAGGGCUGUAAGGAUGACAAGAAUAAUCAGAAUUUGUAUAAAGUCAACUUGCGAAAUAAUCAACUAAAAGGAAACAUCAUACUUGGAAAUUACGGAAAUUUAACGCAUCUAGACGUCAGUGAAAAUAGCAUUGAGAAAUUGGACAUCAGUGCUCUUCAAGAAUUGAGGAGCGUUCGUUGCGCGCGAAAUAUUUUAACAGAGCUGACGGUCUGCGGGAGAAAUAUCGUGUCUCUCAUUGCCGGAAACAACAAAUUAAAGAAGCUGACUAUCGAGCCCGUGCCUGUGAAUCUUGAACAUCUAGACGUUUCCUACAACAAUUUAGAUGCUCUCCCCGAAUGGAUACCAGAUCUACCUUUGCUGCGCGCACUUUUUGCGUCUCACAACGCUUUAACAGCCCUCCCAGACAGAUUGUUAACGCAGCCGUCGAGACUGGAAGUCCUUCAUCUACCCCACAAUAGGCUACAAGCUCUUCCACCACCCAGGAAACCACUAAACAUCGUUCACUUGACACUGCAAGACAAUGCACUGACGGCAUUGCCAACGAGUUUCUUCCUCAACACCGAAAAGAUGAAAGUAUUGAAUCUCUCGAACAAUCGACUGUCCGAGCUUCCGCACUUGGGAGAAGGAAAUAAAAACCGACACGCCAAUCACAAUUUGGAGAAACUGUAUCUGACUGCGAAUUGUUUGACAGACACUGCUUUGGACACACUUGCAAAAUUGACUUCGUUAAGGGUUCUUCAUAUAGCCUACAAUACUUUAGAUACGCUUCCGGAAAACUGUAUAGCUUCUUGGAGGGAUCUAGAAGAAUUGGUACUAUCUGGGAAUCGUCUUCAAUAUCUGCCCGACAACGUGGCCAAUUUACGGCAUUUACGCGUGUUGCGUGUCCACUCCAAUCGGCUUCUAACUUGCCCAACGUUUAAUAAAACAGCAUCGUUGAAGGUAUUAGAUUUAGCUCAUAAUCAUCUGGACAGGGUGAACUUGGCCACUCUGGUGCCACCGCAACUUCAAUUUCUCGACAUAUCCUGCAAUUCGAGGCUCCACGUGGACCCCAGACAAUUCCAGGUCUAUAGAUCGCAACGACCAAUAUCCUUGGUUGAUGUGUCUGGGCAAAAUAGACCGAGCUUACCUUCUCACCCUCAUCAGCAAGAAAUCGUUUCCGCUGAAAAGGGGUUGGAACAGCCGUGGAGAUUGGGUUUUUCAGAAACUGCUGGCUCUAGAGAAAGAUUGUACGUGUCGCAAGUUCGAAUGCCAUCAUUCUGUAACGUGGAGGGUCUGUUCGGUAUAUUCGACGGCGGUUCGAACCAAGAGGCGCCGUGCGCGCUCCAGGAAAUGAUCCCGCGCCUUUUGCUGGAAGAGAGAACCGUGCGAGAGACGUCCAAGGAGUAUUUAAAAUACACGUUACUGUCCGCUCAUCGAGAGUUGAAGGAGAAAGGCCAGAAAUACGGAAUCGACGCUACUUUGGUGCACAUUGUCAGAACCCAGGCGCAACAAGGAUAUCCGAAAACGUCGGCGAAAUAUUCGCUGAAGGUGGCAACUUCGGGUGACGCGAAGGCGGUUCUCUGUAGAGCCGCUGGCCCGUUAACUCUGGCAACUUCGAAAAAGGUCACCGUGAAAAAUCAAUUGGGUAACGCGGCCAUGUUUCCUCUGGUGGUUCCCGAUCCGACCUUCGAAGAGGUAGACCUGGAAGACGAUGACGAGUUUGUAAUAAUCGGCAACAGAAGACUGUGGGAGGUGUUGAGCGUUCAGGAAGCCGUUCGAGAAGCCAGAGCGGAAGCCAGCCCCGUCUUGGCGGCGAAACGACUUCAAGAUCUGGCGCAAGCAUAUGGGGCAGAGGACAAUUUGAGCAUCGUGGUGGUACGAUUGACUGGGCCUAAUCAGGGUGAUUUGGAUCAAUUGAUGAGGGAACUGCGACACGCGGUUGGAAAGAACAGAGGUCAAACAGAAGCCGGGUGUCCUUGCCCCUGUUGCGUGCCACCGGCGGCUCAUAAACCACCAGGGCCUUGCUGUUGUCACGCGAGCGAAGGCUAUUAUUUGAACGGCGUGUUGAAAAGCAUAGUGAAUAGGUCGAACAAAGCUCACAACGAAUCCGGUAGAUAUUUCAAGAACCGUCGAUCGGCGCAGGAAAACGAAAGUCCACCGUACAAAGACGACAGAAGUUCACCGAGCGGCCAAUCCGAUCAAGCCAGCGACAGUACUUUUAAAUCGAGACAUCCUUCUGGCAGAGUCUGGUCCGGAAACGCCGCCUCCAGAGCCACGAACAAAGCUCGGCAGAACGUCCUCGUAAACGAAAAUGGCACAAGAAAGGUAUCUACCUGCUUAACGACUCAGGAGGACACUGUGUCCGAAAGAUCCGGCGCCCUAAGCGAGGAACAAUUCCGUUGUUGGGAGUACAUGCUGGAACAAAACACUCAACUCCUGUUCGACAAGGAACUGGACACCCUGACGAGGACACCUUUACGUCGUGGCCAAUCGAGAUCCACGCCUCAAUUAACUGGCAAUUUGCCUUUUCUAUCGAAAAGGUUUGGAAGUGCCAGAUCCUUUAAUCCUUCUUUGCCGAGACCGCCCAUCGUUCGAUUUGGCAGUGGAAGAAGAUUACUGAACGGAGGACCAAAUGCAGCUUAUUUCGGCAGUCUACAGAGGCUAAUGCCGUAUAAUCUCGAGUAUGAUUUCGCUGUCAUUCAAGAAAGAAACGGAUUGGAUUCGUUGGAGCAGGACGCGACGAGAAUGCAACAAUAUUGGGGAGUAGCCACGACUGAAUUGUGAUGCGACAGUCGGUCAUGCUUUUGUUGCAAUCGAUGGAUUUUGAAAUUGUGUCGUGAUACGGAAAGCUGAAAUAAGCAUAUACACGCGUUAUCGUUAUUUACAAUGAAUGUGAGGGAUUAGAAGGUAGACUCAUCUUUUAAGCCGAAAUGCGAAAAAUAAAAAGCGGCAAUGAAAUGCGACAAAUCGAUAAGACUACGUGAGCAUAGUAAGUGAUUUAUGCACAAGUUGUCGAACUUUACUAACUGAUUGUAACAAUAGAGACCUAACAAACAGAUAUUUCAUUAAAUAUUACAAGAUUAUUUCUCUUGUUUCUAUUCGUUUCAAGGAAAAAAAAUUUCAUUGUCGUGUCAAAAGGAGACAAUGCAAAGAUGUACUUAUACAUUUUAUAGAUUUAUUCUAGAACUUAUUGGAUUUAUUAUUGCAUAUUUUAAUCUAGAUUUAUCUCACAAGAUAAAUUAACACUCGAAGUUUUUUAUCAUGUUUGUUGAUAUAUCGUUGAUAUGUUAUUGCGUCAUUCGAGUAAUUGGUGGGGUUAUUUAUAUUCAAAAAUUAAACGAAUUUCACUGAAGAAUCAUAUUGAAGCUUACCUAAAUUUAUACGACACACUAUCAUAUCUUUAAGCAAAGGAAUAAAAACUGUUCUUAUUUAUAGAGCCUCGUUGCCAAAUAUUACAUUUACGAGUUAGAAUAUAUUUUUCUAAAUAUUGUAUAUUCAGCAAACAUACUUGUAGCAAACGUAAAAUAUGAAUAUCACUACAAGCUGUAAAUAUAAAAAAAAAAUUAAACUGAAUACAUAGAAAAGUAUAUUCAGAAAUUGUAUAUAAAUAUGAUGUAUUAUAUAUUCUAACAUGAACAUACAGUUGAAACAACUGAUUAAGAUAAGCUAUCAAAAGACAAACUACAAAUUAAGCAUUUGUAUGAGAUAUACAUAUGAUUUAUAUAAGAAAUACAUAGUGAAGCAACAAAUAAGGGGAUCUCACACUGUUUGUACAAACUGUAUGAUUACGUAUUAGAACGAGUUUGAGAUAUCGCUCAAAAAAUAAUUUCGAAAUUGUUUUUCGAAUAUUCUUCCAUUCUCGUCCUAGUUGAGCAUUCUGUGAUUAGGCGUCAUUUGCCUCUACAUAAUGUGGAAGAUUAUAUAAUUUAAUAGUAAAAACUUAAUUUUAAGUUCGAUUUGUAGAACUUAAUCAGAUUCCUUUGAAACGAUUAUUAUCAAAAAUAUUUUUGUAACGAUAAAAAAUGUAGCGACUACUGUACCUGAAGCUACCAAAUAAAUAAUCAAACAAUAAAAACGAAAGAUUUAUUAUGAUA